AAAGCAGUUCGGCAUUCUCUGAGCCUCCUCCGAUCUGUUGGGCGAGGAUUCGGGGGACAGGGGACACUUUAACGUGAAGUCCACUUCGGUUUUUUGUUUUUUGUUUGUUUUUUGUUCUUUUUUUUUUUCUGUUCCAAAAGUCCCAUGAAAACAAAAUCAAGAAUCAUAGGGAGCGAUUUGCUCAUAAACAAACAAGUCUCCAACCUCUAGCCUUGCGACACACGUUCUCCAAGCCCGAGGGCUGGGCGAUAGAAGUGGGGGAGCCUGAAUGACAGCCCCCCGGGACGCUCCAUAGGCUCUCCAUAAGACCUGAAGAACCUUUAUUUCUCUCUCUGCUUUUCCUUGAGCCUUACAACCUCGUCGCCAGCACCGCGAAACAUUUCUCCUCUCAGCAAGGCGUAAAUUUCAUUCAGAAGCAAUAUUGGGACUAGAGAUCUUCCCCAAGUCCUCCGCAUCUCCGGGGGUCCGUCGAGGACAUUUUCGAAGCGAUCCUCGACUUUCGCUGUUGCUGCUGUUGCUGUUGCUGCUGCGUGCUCCAACUUUUAAGAGAUCACAUUCUGCUCUGGAGACUUGGGACUUUUACCAGCUGCCCCAGAUCCGAGGGGCCCCCAAAAUCCACAGGCAAAGAGGACUUUGCUUGUCAUUGCUGAGAUGACGGCAAAUGGGACAGUGUCUCAAUUUAAAAUGGUGAAUUACUCUUAUGAUGAGGAUCUUGAAGAACUUUGUCCAGUUUGUGGAGAUAAAGUUUCUGGGUACCACUAUGGACUUCUCACCUGUGAAAGCUGCAAGGGGUUUUUUAAGCGAACAGUCCAAAAUAACAAAAGGUACACAUGCAUAGAAAAUCAGAACUGCCAAAUUGACAAAACACAGAGAAAACGAUGCCCUUACUGUCGAUUUCAAAAAUGCCUAAGUGUCGGAAUGAAGUUAGAAGCUGUAAGGGCCGACCGAAUGCGAGGGGGAAGAAAUAAAUUUGGACCAAUGUACAAGAGAGACAGGGCCCUGAAGCAACAGAAAAAAGCUCUUAUCCGAGCCAAUGGACUUAAACUGGAAGCCAUGACUCAGGUGAUCCAAGCAAUGCCCACUGACCUGACGAUAUCCUCCGCCAUCCAGAACAUCCACUCUGUUUCAAAAGGCCUACCUCUGAACCACACUGCCUUGCCUCCUACAGACUAUGACCGAAGUCCCUUUGUAACCUCUCCCAUUAGCAUGACAAUGCCACCCCAUGGAAGCCUGCAAGGUUACCAAACCUAUGGCCACUUUCCAAGUCGAGCUAUCAAGUCUGAGUAUCCUGAUCCUUAUACUAGUUCUCCAGAGUCAAUAAUGGGUUAUUCAUACAUGGACAGUUGUUACCAGACAAGCUCACCGGCAAGUAUCCCACAUCUGAUCUUGGAACUUUUGAAAUGUGAGCCAGAUGAGCCACAAGUCCAAGCCAAAAUUAUGGCCUACUUGCAGCAAGAGCAAGCCAACAGAAGCAAACAUGAAAAGCUCAAUACGUUUGGGCUGAUGUGCAAAAUGGCCGACCAAACUCUCUUCUCCAUUGUUGAGUGGGCCAGAAGUAGCAUAUUCUUCCGAGAACUCAAGGUUGAUGACCAAAUGAAGCUGCUUCAGAACUGCUGGAGUGAACUCCUAAUUCUUGAUCACAUUUACCGACAAGUGGUACAUGGAAAGGAAGGCUCAAUCUUCCUGGUUACUGGGCAACAAGUGGAUUAUUCUGUAAUUGCAUCUCAAGCUGGAGCCACCCUCAACAACCUGAUGAGCCAUGCCCAGGAACUAGUGGCCAAGCUUCGUUCUCUGCAGUUUGAUCUACGAGAGUUUGUGUGUCUGAAAUUCUUAGUGCUCUUUAGUUUAGAUGUCAAAAACCUUGAGAACUUCCAGCUGGUGGAAGGGGUUCAAGAACAAGUGAAUGCUGCAUUGCUGGACUACACAAUGUGCAACUACCCACAACAGACGGACAAGUUUGGGCAGCUUCUCCUCCGGCUACCAGAGAUCCGGGCCAUCAGUAUGCAGGCUGAAGAAUACCUCUACUACAAACACCUGAAUGGGGACGUGCCAUGUAAUAACCUCCUCAUUGAAAUGCUGCAUGCAAAGAGAGCAUAAUUCUCCCCCGCCCCCUAAGAGCUUAUUUCUGCUUUCAAAAAAAAAAAAGCUGAAAAAAAAGAAAGAAAUACUCUGAACUGCUCCAAGCAACACUAAUUAAAAACUUGGUUUUCAAACACUGAGAAAAUGGUAUAAUAAUCAAAUACUUAAUAGUAAAUAACUGAUGUAUCAGGGUAUUUGUAUUGCAAACUGUGAAUCAAAUGCUACACAUCCCCAAAGGAAUAUAAGACACUACAAUUGAAACUGAAUGAACUUUGCAGGUGGACAACAUCAUCAUGUCAGAUGGGAAAGGACAGAACAAUUCUUGUAUAUUUAAACUAAUCUCCACUAAAUGAAGAAAUUUAGGAACAAAUUGACCUGUGCUAUUAAGCUAUUGUAAUGGGGGGGGGGGAUUUGCGUGCACUGAAUUCCUUCACCAGAUAGCUGAAAUAAAAAACGAUUCUAAAGGAUGCAAGCUGUACCUUCCGGCAGCAUCCUUUGCAUUAUCCUUCCAAGGACCCAACACCUACUCUCUUCUGUGAUCAUGGAUGUGUUCUCUAUGCAGAAACCUAUUUUAAAAGAAGGAGGAAAGCAAAGACCUGUGGAAGGCCACACACGCAACAGCCAUGCCACCAAAUCAUAAAAAGCCUACCUGUCAGGCCUGCAAACCGCUAGUAUGAACAGUCUAGGAAUAAGUUAGCUUGCCAUUCUUAAUAUGUUCUGAAGUUUGUUUUGUCACGUGUACAUGUUGUUAAAAAAAUGGAGGCAGUAUCCCUCUUCUGGUCAUGUCAGCAUGAUACAGGAAAACAUGCUUUCACAUGCUUUUCAACUGGUCCAAAGCUAAAGCUUUAAGGAGACCCAUUUCUGCUGCUGUAGUGGUGAUGCGGCAUCUGGACAUCACCACGUGCUGGUAUCCACAAAGUUUUUGUGCCAAAUGGCUUGUUAGAGCACAUCAGUCUUUUCAGUAUCAUGUUUGUAGUUCAUUAAAAAAAAUUGUUAAAAUAAAAUCUGUGCUUGGGUUUCAAAGAGCAUUUCUAGGUUGUUCAAGCUAACACACAAAGCCAGUGGAAAUCAAAUCAUUUAGUCUCAUAGCAAUUGAACAUUGCCAAAAGGUGGGAAAGAAGGAAUUUGUUUUUAAUAUGUGUUGGGGGUGGGAGUGAGAGAGGUGAAGACUAUGGAAAGUAACUAAAAGCUUGACAAAGAGGACAAAAAGAAGAGUGAUACUGCCAUUUCUAAGUAGACCAAAGUCUGCUGCAGAACAAAUAUUGGUGAAAGACAAUUACAAACAAUCUCUUUCCAAAUGAAGAUAUCAGUAUUAUGACAUGUAAAGUCACAGUUAUGAAAGUCUUGCCUUAUUUCACUAUCCCAAGAGUUAACUGUGCAGGUGUGGAUCAACAAAUGUUUAAAAUAAAGUAUUACUACUUUUGCAUUCAAAGAAAACCUAGUGUUUACAUUCUUUAGGUCCUGUGGGGGGGAACUGUGAUACUACACAUCACAAACGCAGUUGUUCCCUUGAUGUCGCUUUCUGAUUGGUAAUUAUUUUUUACCAGUUCUUAAUUACUGUAUGUCGUGAGACACUAAAAUCAAAAGGUAAUCUCAUUUAAACUCUAAUUUUUAAAAGAUUAUUGGCUGCACAAUCACUUGCUGAAACUGUAAAAAAAAAAAAAAGAAAAAAGAAAAGAAAAAGAAGAAAGAAACCUCCUAGUCCCUUAAUUUUUUUUUCUCAUAAAUAUUGCUGGCUCUCAAAUAGUUUAUUUAUAUUGUAUAUCAUAGUUUCAACUGUAGACAAUUAUGAUGCUAAUUUAUUGUUCCUUAGUUUCCCCUUUGUAUAAGAUAUAGCCAAGAAUGAAGAAGCCAAAUAUAUGUGUUUACUGUAGCAUGUCUUCAAGUUGGUAGAAUAUAUAGUUCAGGGACAUACAAGAGUCUUAAUGAAUGAAAAUCAGUCACUUGACUCAAUGCCUGUAAAUCUUCCUAAUCUUCAAGGUAGUUUAUUUAAAAUCUGUUGUAAAUUUUAUGAAUUGUAGCUUCCUCUGUUUCAAGUGAUCUUAACUUAGAGAGGUGGGCUCUUCACCUUAAAUUCUUUUCCAAGCAUUGUACAUUGUAUACCAAAGACAUCAGUCCCUGCUUCUCUAGUCAUUCAAAGCUGUCCAUUUCAUCACCUUCAUGACUCAGAUCAAAUAUUUUGUCCGUGAGUAGGGUACAAACUUAGCAAAGUAUAACAUCUGUGACUCCUUGCUGUAUUUCUACUGCCAAUUCAAACCACUCAUUCUGAUCUAAACAGUUCAAAGGACCCCAGAAAAAUAGCUCAGCAAAAUGGCAUAUCCAAGAGACGAAAAAUGAAUUUUUUCUAGUUAUACCAAGUUGACCCAGUCACAUAUGGAGACCAAUUGUUUUAUCAGUGAGCUGUAAAGUGGGUCCACUCAUAUAUGUACAACAUGGGUGAGGGGUUUAUGGAUUGUUUCUGUUUUGAGCUGUUUUGGUUUCUUUAUUUCAGACAAAUGCAUUGCAUUCUGUAAAUUCUAUUUUUUCUAACAGUGCUCCUCACUGAAUAUUAAAACCUUUAAAAAUGUCAAAUAUAAGUGUGUUAUAAACUAUAUACAAAGCGCUACAAUCUCACUAGAGAGGAAUGUGACAGAAGGGUUUGUUAAAACAGCGACAACAGCCACCAGUCAAAUUUUGUAUCCACCCUGAUGGAAACAGAAAGUUCAGAAGCAGGUAAACUAGAAUGUAUGUUUGCCAGUGUCUGUGGUUCUGAGAAUCCCUCCAGCUUGCCAAAGUUUGUGAACUCAAUUUCUCUAAUGUUAAUUGUUAACCACUUUGUAACCAGACAUUUACUUACUUAAUGACUGCCUUAUCAAUUACAGGACAUAUUAGUAAAAGCAGACUAAAAUGAAAAGGUUUGGGCUUUGGCUGGUUUACCAUAGUUGUUCUAUGUUUGUAAACAGACAAUCUGUAAUGUCUGAAUAUUUGUAUUACAGAUGUUCUGCAGCUGCCUUGGGUAGAGUGUGCAGUUAGUUACUUGUUGGAGUUCUCUUACUGUAUCAGUGAAAUACAUAUUGUCAUGUCAGUUCUUUGCCAGGAGUUUCUCAACACCAAUGGAAUUUUUUUUCAGUAUUUCAAUAAAUAUUGAUAUGCCCAG